UCUUUUGAUCGUGUCACCACAUCAUUGGCGCGGUGUGAUGCUAUAGCAAUUAGAACAUGUAGGGAACUAGAAGGGCCUUUUUGUGACUAUCUGUCAAGUCAAUAUAACAAACAUGUGCUUCUAACCGGGCCUAUAUUACCCGAACCAACAUUGAAAGAUCGCCUAGAUGGGAAAUGGGCUAAUUGGCUCCAACAAUAUAGCCUGAGGUCCGUCACAUAUUGUGCUUUUGGGACGCGGUCUGAUGUUAUAGCAAUUAGGACAUGUAGGGAAAUAGAAGGGCCUUUUUGUGACUAUCUGUCAAGUCAAUAUAACAAACAGCCCGAGGUCCGUCAUAUAUUGUGUUUUGGGGAGUUUCAAGAACUCAUUUUAGGAAUUGAAUCGACAAAUUUACCAUUUUUAAUUGCGUUAAGAGCUCCAUUAGGUGUCAAGACAAUCGAGGAAGCCCUACUUAAGACAUUUGAAGAGAGGACUAAAGGUAAGGGAAUAGUAUGUAGAGAUUUUGUGCCACAAAUUGGGAUUUUGAGUCACACUUCAAUUUGGUGUUUUGUGAGCCACAAGGGUGGCUCUACCCUUAUAGAAAAUAGGCGACCGUCUUAG